UCGACUGUGGAGUGAAAGUGGACAGAGAGAUCUUUAGUGACUCAUCUACAGCUAAGGGGAUGACCUGUGGGAAAACAAAAGCUAAGGCUUUGUGUGAGAAUGUCCUAGCGCCCUACUCUGUAUAUACAUUCAGAUUACAUCAAAUUAAACAAUCUGCCUUUUUCAGUGGCAACGGAUGCAUCAAACAGAGGUACGACCAAGUUUUUCCCUAUUGUACUGAGAUAUUUGCGCUUUGAGGAAGGUGUGCAACAUGCACUGUUAGAUUUUUAUAGUGACAGCAACAAAACUUCAGAGGCUAUAACAAACUAGCUGCUGGCUAAACUGGAGAUGUCUGGUCUUGAUGUGAAAAACAUGUCUGCAUAUGCAGCAGACAAUGCCAGUGUCAACUAUGGAAAAUACAACAGUGUUUAUCAGAAAUUGAAAUUGGCUCAGAAGGAUGUGCUACCUGCAAAUUGUUUAGCCCAUAUCCUACACAAUGCAACAAGAUAUGCAGCAGGCAGCCUGGAUUUUGAUGUUGAAAAUGCUGUGCUCAAGGUUUACAGCCAUUUUAGCAUGUCAGCAAGCAGAACAGCACAGUUGAAGGAAUUCUGUAAGUUUGUGGAAGUGGAAGAAUGCAACCUGCUACGGCAUUUCAUCACAAGGUGGUUGUCCUGCUUCCAUCUAUUGACAGAAUACUGAAGUAUUGGAAGCCCCUGACCAGCUACUUUCAGAGUGAAGGUGAGGAGCAAUGCUCCCAGUUUUUGUGGAAAUGUUUUGGAGAGGAAAGCAUUGAAGUGUCUGAGACAUAUUUUCUUUUCCUCAGUCACAUUCUUAAAGUCUUCUCAGACACCAUUGAAGCACUUGAGGCCAAAUCGUUCAGCAUAACGUGUGUUUAAGGUAAUGACUGAACUGAAACAGAAACUUGAGAGAAGGAUGACGGACAGGUUCUUUGGCUUUACUGUGAACAGCAGACUCAAGCAGCUACCCCCUUACCUGGCAAAUAAAUGUGUGGAGGAUUUUCUUGGUUUCUAUGAAAGAGCCAAGAAAUACAUAAGUGAAAGAUAUGACUUCUCUGAGAACAGCUUUCAUAGCAAAGUGGCAAAGCUUGACCUCACAACUGCUGUGUCAUAUGAAGAAUACAGUGAUGCUGUCCAGGCCUGCGAUCUGAAAGACAUUGAUAUGGAUGGACUGUAUGAGGAAUAUGCCAUGGUGAAAGCUUCCUUCACCUCUCCGGAAAGGGAAGGUUGCCACAGUGAGGAGCGAUAUCUGAAACUGUUUUCCAAAGCAGAUGAACCACUUGUGAAUCUCAGGAAGAUCAGUGCCUAUAUUUUCUACAUCCCAUGCAGCAAUGCACACACAGAACGAGUCUUUUCAAUGAUGACAUCUGCAUGGAGAAAUGAGAGGAAUCGUCUGGAUGUGGACAGCGUCAAGGCUGAGCUCCAAGUUUGUGUCAAUUUCACCUUUCCCUGCACAGAUAUGUACAAGAAGUUCCUUAGAAACAAAAAACUAUUGGAUGCAGCCAGGAAAGGGCAGAAGUAUUGCAGAUAGACAAUCAACUAUUUGGAGAUGAAGAAGCCCAGGGGCAAUGGGGGCUUGCCUUGGUGGCCAUGAUGACCCUAGAGGUGCUGUUGUCACCUGAGCUGCUGCAGAGGGUGAACUUCUGUGUUAAGAACUGAAAUGUGUAUUCAUUUAUUUUUUGCAUUCAUUAUUUGUUUAUGUAUUUCAGUUAUUUCCAGAAGUCCAGAAAUGUCAUGUUUUCAGGCACUUUGCAAGACUUUUUUGAAACAGACAUCACAAUGUCUUGAAUAAAUACAAAUACUGUGAACAAACACUUUUUGCCUCUUCUGUUACACACAGGUCUACAUCAAAUUGUGCGGCAAUGAAUAGAGUAGGCUUUUUCAGAAUCACUGUAUCAUGAUACCAUUGAUAUAAUGGACAAAACUGUAUUAAUAUAUAUUUUUGGCCUUAUUUCAGUGACUUAAGUUUUUUGUUUUUUCAAUAACCAAAAACACAAACAUGUACAUACAUGUUCCUCACAUAUUACUGUAGCCUAGUUU